AGGUUGGCCACAUCACAGCCCUGGUCAUGGCUAGAAGGGAUACGGCUUUUGUCAAAUUAACGUUAAAAAUAUACAUUUAGUUAAUUUUCGCUAACCGUUACUCUUUUCCAAAACUAAACCUAAUUCUCCUAACCUGCUACGAAAAGUCGUUAUUCGACAAAAGCUGUUUCCAUCUAGUCAAAAACCCUCCGCUUCCCUCCCACUUGUGUUGGUCCGUGAGGAAGUCGCAAGAUGGCUGACAGCGCUCGGAAGUAUGCUCCCUUCCUCCACAUGAAGUCGUGAGUUUGGAAGUAUGCUCCCUUCCUCCACAUGAAGUCGUGAGUUUGGAAGUAAGCGAGGGAGGCACUAUCAGGCGUUUGUUUUUAUUUAAGGUAUUGUAUUUCUCCAAACAGACCAUUUCAUUCCUGGGGACCCAGUUGGCUAAAAGCUCCUGUAGAUGGCUAACGGUAUCAACAUACACAUUACCUAGUACAUUACAUUAGCUAGCACUUGCAAUUUGAACUAGUCUAAACAUAAAUAUUUGCUCCGUCAGGUUAAGUAUUCCGCUGUAGUCAUGUUCACUAAUUUAGAUCAUUCGCAGAGGGUUUCUUCGUGUGAACCAGGAUUAUAACUUUGGAGUUGGAAGCAUCGUCAAUCAUAACUACGGAUGGCCAGUCAGCUGCCAGUCACAUUUUCAGAUGUUAACUAGUUAAGGACUAUUUAACGAGAAACUUCAGUUGUUUUGCUGGCAGUUUACCACAAUACUACCAGGGAUGGACACACACGACCAAAUGUAGCAACGUUAGCCAGGUUGCUAACCAGCUAGGCAGGGUUGAGGGGGGCAACUAGCUACCGGCGACAACAGCCGUGUAGUCAGUCAGUUACUGUCAGAGAGACGAGUUAGUCAGCCGCCCGUUUCCAGCUAGCUACCGGAUCGACACCACCCGAGCCUUCCCCCGGACAGACCCACCGGCACAACAACACCGGGAUGGGCGUGCAGGGCUUCCAGGAGUAUCUGGAGAAACGGUGUCCCGGGGCUGCCAUCCCCGUGGACCUCCUCAAACUAGGCCGUACUGCGGGACGCCAGCACCACCACCCCGGCCCUCUGCCCCUUCCGGCCCGGAUACUCAUCGAUGCUGACUCCGGUCUGCAGCGUCUGUACGGCGGCUACCAGACGGACUGGGUGUGCGGCGGGGAGUGGAACGCCAUGCUGGGAUACCUGUCCGCUCUGUCCCAGGCCUGUCUGUACCAGGGCGGGCUGGAGCUGGUCGUGGUGUUCAACGGGACCCUGGGGAAGGAGCGGUGGCCGGAGUGGGCACGCCGGGCCCAGGGACAACGCCAGACGGCCCAGCUCAUCGUUAACCACGUCGGCAGUAAGGCCACUCCGCCUCCCCGCGCCUGGUUCCUGCCCCCUGCCUGCCUCAGUCACUGUGUCCGCCUCGCCAUGUUCCGCUUCAGAGUGCGGGUUGUCCAGACGUUGGAGGACCACCACCAGGAGGUGCUGUCCCUCUACAGGGACUUUGGUUUCUGCGGCCUGAUCGCCCAGGACUCAGAGUUUGCUCUCUGCAACGUGCCCGCCUACUUCUCCUCGCAUGCCCUGAAACUGUCCUGGAACGGCAAGAACCUGACCACCCACCAGUACCUGCUCUCUGAAGCAGCCAGACAGCUGGGUCUGAAGACACAACAACUGCCCUGCUUCGCUGCUCUGCUGGGGAACCAUAUUCUCCCUGAUGAGGACCUGGCUGCCUUCCACUGGAGCCUUUUAGGACCAGAACACCCCCUGGCCUCACUCAAGGUGCGUGCCCACCAGUUGGUGCUGCCUCCCUGUGAGGUGGUUAUCAAGGCGGUGUCUGAGUACGUCUCCUCCAUUAAAGACCUGGGGAACCUCGACGCUGUUGCCAGGGACGUCUUCAACCAAUCCCAGUCUCGUAUGGAGGAUAAGGUGGAGCGUUUUAAGAAGGCUGUGGAGUAUUUCUCAUCUGCCUCUAAACCACGCCCACUCUCCAUGGGACCCUCCCCCUACCUUUGGUUUGGUCCGGCUCCUUUUGGCAGUCCUCCUGGCCACAUGGGGGCAAUGCAGCCUGGAAAGCACCAGGGGGUAAAACGGAAUGCUCCGUGUGGACCAGGCCACGCCUCUCUGUUCCAGAACCUGCCCCCCCUGCCGGACUGCAACGAUUCGCUGUCUGGGACAAUGGGCUACAUGGAUUGGUCGGCUCCAUAUGACCAGGGAGGAAGUAGAUUAACGAAUCACCACACGUCCGCUCCCUCUGGCCCCUCCCACUCAUCUUCCUCCGAUGGAGACGAACCAAACGACAGCAGCCACCAUCUGACAGACAAGUCCUCCGGGUGGGACGAUCCGGCCGGUCGGGGGAGUGGAGGGGAUGGUUCCCACGGUAACGGGUCCAACAUUCCAUCGCUGUUGUCAAUGGCGACGCGGAGUCACAUGGACAUAACCACGCCCCCUCUGCCUCAAAUCAGCGCUGAGGUGUUGAGAGUAGCAGAACACAGACAUCGCAGAGGACUGAUGUAUCCAGAGAUAUACCACAUACUGACCAAGGGAGAGAUGAAGAUGGCGGUGUGUAUAGAAGAUGAUUGUAACAGUGAACUGCCUCCAGCCUCUCUGCUGUUCAGAGCAGCCCGACAGUACAGCUAUGGGGUCCUCUUCAGCCUAGCCGAAACACACCGACGCCUCGAGAGACUCGCCAUGCGCAACAGAGGACCCCUCGAAGUUCCUCCAGUGAUAGUGAAGGAGUGGUCCAGUGGGAAGUCGAAGUCGGCCCUGACCCCGGAGCUGGUUCCAGCGCUGUGCUUCAGAGAGUGGACCUGUCCUAACCUGCGGAGGCUGUGGCUUGGUAGAGCCAGUGAAGAUCGCUCCCGGAGGACCAGAGCUUUCCUAGCCUGUCUGCGCUCUGACUGUCCUGCCUUACUCAACCCUGCUCAGGUCCCACAACACCUUCUGCUCAUGUGCUGCGUGCUCAGGUAUAUGAUGCAGUGGCCAGGUGGUGGUAUUCUACAGAGACAUGAGUUAGAUGCCUUCCUGGCCCAGGCAGUCUCUAACCAGCUCUACGAACCAGACCAGCUACAGGAACUGAAGGUGGAGAAGGUAGACAGUCGGGGAGUCCAGCUGGCGUCUCUCUUCAUGGCGGGCGUGGACACUGCUCUGUUGGUCAAUGACGUGUGUGGUCAGCCGUUACCAUGGGAACACUGCUGCCCCUGGGGCUUCUUCGACGGGAAACUCUUCCAGACCAAACUGGCCCGCGCCGGCCGAGACCGACUGGCCCUGUUCGACAUGUGUGAAGGACAGGAGGAGCUGGUGUCUCGUGUGGAGAAGAUGCGUCAGGCCGUUCUAGAUGGCAUCAACUUUACUCGUCCUCCUCCCCCUCUCCCCCCUCUUUCCUUCCUCCGCCCCCCCUUCUACCCCCUACCCCCUCUACCCCCCGGCCCAUGGGUAACAUGCCCCCCCCACUACCACCCUCAUCAUCCUCACCACCACCCAAAUGAUCCUCACCACCACCCUCAUCAUCCUCACCACCACCCAGCCCAGCAUCGACCCAGAGGCUUCCCAGGUCUGCAGUCGAUCCCCCCUCAGGGAGGGAAGUUGGAGAUAGCCGGCAUGGUGGUGGGCCAGUGGGCCGGGAACAAACCACUGCGUGGCAGAGGGGGGCUCAACAUGCAGGUGGUGUCGGUCGGAGCAGGGAGAGGAAGGGGUAAGGACAUCCCAGCGAAAGCAGGACGAGGAGUUAAAAAGACACAUUCCCCCUCCUCCAGCAGCCCCACCAAGCCUGAGGAGGAGGAGGAGCCUAACUCUGGGGCCGUGACCCAGCAGCUGAAUGGCAGCCCUGCAGCCUCCGGUAUUGGCCAGCCUCUGGAUCUGCCCCCACUGGCCCAUCCAAUCCCGUGUGCCUUAGCAAGCAGAGACAACCAAACAGAGGAGGCCCCCUGUUGCCUUGACGACUGUCCUUCAGACGGAACACUAACGAAGGAGGCGUGAUGAGGCUUUCCCAGAAUGCACCAGGGUGUUCUGAAAAAGCUGCCCCUUGAUUUUGUCAUGUAGUUUUAUUUUAUCUUAACGAUCAGAGGUGUUUCUCCAUGAGUCCAUAUGUAUGUUAGCCCCUGCCUACCUAAAGCACCGCCCCCAUGGCCCGUCGCUAUAGUAACCCCAGCCCACUGUCUCAUGAUGUUCUGAUGGUCCCUCCCUACUGUUAAUAUUCCUGCCGGGAUCCUUGCGGUUAGACUUGAACUACGGUGUUUAGUAGUAGUGUGUUUAGAUACACUAACGUCGACACUACUACACACUGUUGGCUAGGUGCCUGGGUUUGGUUGCCGGGUGUGUCGGUUGUUGCCAUAGGGACCUCAUGGUGAGCUCAGAGUUCCAGGAGUGUUGGACUCUAGAAGUGUCAGAGGAGGAUGACGAAUGAAUGAGUGCAGUGUUUGUGUGCUAAAUAAGCCCGGUUUACCACCAAUAAUGAUUUAUUAGUGUUAGCCGCGCCACUAACCACCCAGAGCGCGUGUUUGCAUUGCUCUAACCCUUCAGUAGCAUUUGCACCGCCGCACCGCUAAUGCAUUAGCAUGCUAACGUAGCCCACACCUUGAAUAACAUGAGCACUUGCCCUAAUAUGUUAUCAUGCUAAGUUAGCCUAGCCCAGCUGUAUUUAGACCCCCUGACCACAGAUGUAAUGUAUGUACGCACCUUAACCUGACGCUCCAACGUAUGGAAGCUCUUACCCCUAUAUUAGAUUAUAUCCCCUAUGCUCUGAUUGUAUAUCCCAACAGAGAGCACUUACUAAUGUUGGAUUCAUUGAUUUAAUAUUGAUUAUUAUUGACCAGACCCCUAGACAGUUUGUCUGACCUGAUGAAGUCCCUUGCGACCUAGGAAAUCACUUUGAUCAUUGACCUCAAGGUCUAUUUUAACAUGGCCUUUGUGUUGUGCAAACGAGACCUGUUUGAAUGUGAUCAGAGUAGGGCUGCACAAUUCAUCCAAACCGCAAUAUUGACAUGUGCAAUAUCCAUAUCGCAAUAUUUUGCAACCCCACUCAGCCGCGUGUACGGUCCGUUAUUAUAGUUGACUCUGUCGUCCCUCUCCUCUUGCGGCUGCUUCCUACAACUCAAGCAGCACAGUUCCUCUUCUGUUAGAUUCACUAGAAGCUUCCAUGCUGUUCUGUUAAGUCAAAUGCAGUCAACACAUUGUUCCAAAAUAGAAUGAUGCUGCUUUCCACUUAGCUUCUUAAUAUAAAUCAUUAUAUUUCUCUGGUUCCAACUGUGUUUUGAUCGAUCACAGGUCAAAUUGUAAUAUGUGUUCAAAGUAAAUCAAAUGCGCCAAUAUGGUGCAGCCCUAGAACGGCGUGGUCUUCAGAAGAAGCACAUUUAGUUUUAAAAGGAAUCCUCUAGCAGGUCAAAACAUUCACGCGAUCAGAGAUAGAGGACAUCUUUGUAUCUGUACCGUUAUUGCAUCUAUAACAGUAUGGGCAGCUCUAUUGAGCCUAGCUUCAUUUUAAAGUAGUCUAUUUUCUUCACAGUUAGCUAAUCCCUCCCAGUUUGACAUGACUUCAACAGGGUCACCAGGAGGGAUCAGCCAAUGAAGUUGGGAGGCCCACACAGUCGACUACAUUAAAAUGGUGGAAGCGCUCAAUGGCGCUGCCCAGGCUAAUACGGCCUGUUGGCCAGUAGAGGCCUCUAUCAUUCUCUAUGGGCCAAGUAUGGUGCCACGUCAGAGGACGGGAGGGUCAGGGCUUAAAGGUCAGAGUGCUGACGCUACCAAGCUCCUCUUCUGACUGGCACCUUGUCUAAAUGAACCCAAGGCUGCAUCUGAAAUGGCAUUCCCUGCGUAGUGCAUCAGAAGCAGUGCAUUAUAGGGGGUAGGUUGCCUUUAGAGACAAGACCUGAUGAAGUCCCAAAGCAUAGGCCCACACUAGCCUUGUCAGCUGGCUGGCCAAUCAGGACAGGCCUGGUAGCACCGCCUGGUGAUUGGUUAGCAGUUUCCACGGCGAUAGCCCAGCAUUCUAAGCUCUUUAUCUAACAGGAAGCACUUCCCCCAAACCACUUAGCCAAUCAGCAGGGGUUUAAGGUGAGAACAGUUGCAUGUUCCGCCCACAAUCUAAAGAUCCUAAAUAGUUUUAAUGUUAAACUCUUUAUGUUGUCAUCAUUAUAGUAGAGGAUAAAGUAUCAUUUUAAUAGGUCUCCUCUGAGACCAAUCAGAGUAUUGACUUGAUUUAAUGUUAGUAGGAGACUACGGAGAGAUAGCAGAGAGGAAUCAGUUAAUGUUAGUAGGAGACUACAGAGAGAUAGAAGAGAGGAAUCAGUUUUAAUGUUAGUAGGAGACUACGGAGAGAUAGCAGAGAGGAAUCAGUUAAUGUUAGUAGGAGACUACAGAGAGAUAGCAGGGACUAAGUUCUACAGGACUGUCAGACAAUAGUAACCGUGUUGGACUAAGUUCUACAGGACUGUAGUUGACACAAACAGAAAAGGUCUGGCUGCUAAGUAGUCCAAUUGCAGGCCAAACUACCGUAGUAGAAUGGAAAUAACCCCCGCAGAGCGCACAGUUGCCAGAACAACCGUAACAUCUGAAUAGAGACAGCACUUCAACCCACAUGGGUUUGGAUUUCUGCGGCUCAUGACUGUGUUGUGGGACUGUUUACAAGCAAAUAGAGAGUUUUGGAAUUAAUUCCUCAUCAAGUAUUUGGAACAACAAUAUUUUAGGGAUAUCUAGCAGACAGAGUUGAACCUGGAUGGAGAAGAGCCCCACUGGUCAUAUAAUACCCAGCAUGACUAGACGACUACGACUCAUACAUACAUAUACAGUAUAAUACUUUAACCUUUAACCUUUCAUUACUGUAGUACAAUAAAACGGACCACUGCAGGUCAUGAGUAUGGCUCUUCAGCCAGGAGGAGUGGUGAGCUUAUUUAUGUCACUCCACUAUCUGACAAAAUUACACACAACCCUGUCGACUCGUUCCUAACGAUACUUACAUACAUAUAUACACAGUACAUAUCUCCAACCACACAGUAUCAAUAUACACAGUACAUAUCUCCAACCACACAGUAUCAAUAUACACAGUACAUAUCUCCAACCACACAGUACCAAUAUACACAGUACAUAUCUCCAACCACACAGUACCAAUAUACACAGUACAUAUCUCCAACCACACAGUACCAAUAUACACAGUACAUAUCUCCAACCACACAGUACCAAUAUACACGUUAAAUAUCUCUUGCUCAUGUCUCUGUGCUCUCUGUUCCCUCUAGGACCGUUUCUAUUGGCUGUUUUCUGACCCCGCCCCUAACCACCCCCACUAAUAUUCUAUAUCGUGAUGAACUUUUCUUAGUGAUUAUCAGUUUCUCUGUAAACUAGCCAGAAUCUGGAAGGAAAAAAGUAAACAACAAAAAGAAAUCAAACUGUUUUAUUCAAUUGUACUUUAAACUGUGUUUUUUCUUACUAUUUUGAAUGUCUCUUCUAACCCUUCUAUCAAAGCGUUCGUUUGGAGAGGCUUUAGCCAACCAUAGAGAUGUAAACUGAAAGCGUUCGUUUGGAGAGGCUUUAGCCAACCAUAGAGAUGUAAACUGAAAGCGUUCGUUUGGAGAGGCUUUAGCCAACCAUAGAGAUGUAAACUGAAACCAUUCAAUAUAUGAUCCUUCUCCGUAUUUGAUAUUACGCCAUCGUUCGUUUAAAGACCACUUCGCCGUUGUUACUAAGUUAAGUAUCGCACGUCAAAACAUUUUAAAAUAAUCAUGGUCUCUGCACUACGUUGGUAUAUUCUGUUUAUCGUCCCUUAUAAAGAUUUAAUGGUCAACUCGUCAAGUGAAGCUGAACUUUGCACAGAGUUAGAAGUCUCACAUUACCACCCUGAGAACCAAAGUCCCCCUCCCCCGUUUCCCUGCCAUGAUGGUAUGCCCCAAACCAAUGACCUAUCAAGAGAUUCUAUGAUGACGUCACAGCACGUGUGAUUGGUUUACCCCUAUUGAGUGGAGUUUUGUGAUGAGUAGAACAGAACUGUGUUGGAUGCUGUAGGACUGUUAUGUGUCAGUACAUGGAUGGAUGAAUAGCUACACCGACUGACUGGUCCAGACAAGAUGAGCCUGCAGGGAAAAGAGACAAUGAGACAUUCCAAAUGGCACCCUGUUCCCUAUAAUAGUGCACUACUUUAUACCUUGUGGUGCAGGAAGGUUUUCAUUUCUGAGACUCUCAUGGUCCUCGUCACGAGUAGUGUUCUAGAAAGGGAACAGGAUGUCGUUUGGGAUGCUGCCAGGGAGAUGGCCAGUCAAUUCAGGUCACAUGGCCAGGUCACAUGAUUAUUUUAUGACAUCAUCCAGGUGUCAGUCUAAAUCUCUGUACUACUACAUCACCUUCUCAACCAACUAACAUGUAUACUACAGUACAUCAUGUAAACUAGCGGGAAUGUGAGUACAUCAUGUACUGUAAGCCACACCCCCCCUAAACAACAACAUCCGUAAAGGAUUCCUCUUCAUUAUUAUGAUUAUUGCUGUUAUGAUAUUUAUUGGUAUAAUUUGUCAUUGUUAGCUAAAUGGAAACACCAGAAUGUUGUUGUGGAGAGGGCUUUUAUAUUCUUAUGGCUGUGGAGGAAGUGAUGUCAGAGGACAGGAACAGGAAGGAAGGAGAGGCGUGAUGAUGUAAAGAUGGUCAUGUUUGUUGGGAAAUGACAUCCAGUGCUGAAAUAAAAUUUAUUCUUAUAGGAAAAAAAUGAA